AUGAAGUACACCGGCAUCGCGGCAAUGGGCUUGAUGGGCUGUGCCCUCGCCCUCCCCCAGGGCGGCGUCCCCGGCGCCGGUCCUCACGGCCCCCACGGGCCCCCAGGUGUCCCCCCAAGCGACGCACCAACCCCAGCAGGCUCACCCAUUGGCCUCCUGCCGACCCCCAGCGCCGCCCCCAGCGGCUUCGAGAAGCGUGACUUCCCCGGCUUCCCCAUCUUCAGCGGCAUCUCCAGCCUGCCCUUCACCAUUCCCGCUCCCUCCGCCGCCCCCGAACACGAGAAGCGCCAGUUCGGGCUCGCCGGAGUCGGCCCCCACGGUCCUCACGGAGGCCCUCCUUCCGGAGACUUCCCUACCCCAACUGGCCCUCCCCCCUCAGGCUCCCCAACUGCUCUCCCCAGCGGCUUUGACAAGCGCCAGUUCCCUACCGAUCUGCCCUUCUCAAUUUCCACCAGCCUGCCUUUCUCGCUGCCUUUCGAGAAGCGCGACUUCCCGACCCCCAUUGGCUUCCCGGAUAACCUGCCAACCAACCUGCCUACCCCCACUGGCCCUCCUCCCAGCGGUGCACCUACUGGACGCCCUGGUCGCUUCCACCUUCCCCCUCAGUAA